CUGUUGGAAAGUUUUUCCAAGCCGACAUUGCAGAAAAUGCUUUGAAUUCCUUAGAAACAGAAAUUCCUACUGUCAGCGUUUUAGUUGAUGAAGAAUUCCUUCCCUUCAGAGAAAAUACAUUUGACCUGGUGGUUAGCAGUUUAAGUUUGCACUGGGUGAAUGACCUUCCUAGAGCACUUGAGCAGAUUCAUUAUGUUUUAAAACCAGAUGGAGUAUUUAUUGGUGCCAUGUUUGGAGGCGACACACUCUAUGAACUUCGGUGUUCCUUACAGUUAGCAGAGAUGGAAAGGGAAGGAGGAUUUUCUCCACACAUUUCUCCUUUCACUGCUGUCAAUGACCUAGGACAUCUGCUUGGGAGAGCUGGCUUUAAUACUCUGACUGUGGACACUGAUGAAAUUCAAGUUAACUAUCCUGGAAUGUUUGAACUGAUGGAAGAUUUACAAGGUAUGGGUGAGAGUAACUGUUCUUGGAAUAGAAAAGCCCUACUGCAUCGAAACACAAUGCUGGCAGCUGCAGCCGUGUACAGAGAAAUGUACAGAAAUGAGGAUGGUUCAGUACCUGCCACAUAUCAGAUCUAUUACAUGAUAGGAUGGAAAUACCAUGAGUCACAGGCAAGACCAGCUAAAAGAGGUUCCGCAACUGUGUCAUUUGGAGAACUAGGAAAAAUAAACAUACCAGAGGGGGAGAAAUCACAAUAAAUGUUUACUCAAUGUUAAUGUUGUCCAGAAUUUUUAUCAGAAAUGGAUAGCUUUCACAUUUAAAAUUACUAUAUUUUGAAGCAAGAAGCCCUCUUAAGCUAUUUACUCAUAGACUUUUCAUAUAAUUAGGAAAACCUAAUAACACAUCUAUAGUAAACAUUUCAGUUUCAUAUUGUUUCUAUUUUCAUAAGGAUUACUGCUGCCUAGGAAUUGAGUGUCUUUGCAGAUUCAGCCUAAAAGCAAAGAAAAUAUUUCCCUAAAAUUUUUGCAAAUAAUGUUCACGUGUGUAAAUACCUGACUUGAUGGGAAACCUUACUCAUGCUGACAUUUUGUACCUUUUUCUCCUGCUGGUGUUUUUUUCAUUACUUCUGUGAGAGGACCACAGCUGUGGAAAUGAGAGGAAAAACAAGUUGGUAGGUUCUUUAGAGUUCUGGCUCAUUUAGAAUGAAAACACAGACUUUUUAUAAUUACUAUUGUAAAGUACGUAAGGGAAAAUUUUGUUAUACUGUUUUCUUUGCCUUGAAGAGAAGCAGAAGAACAUGCACCUUCUCCAGAGUUAUGUGGUUUUAGAAUUUAGAAGAGCAUGUAUCUUUAUUAAAUCCUUCCUCAACUCUUUUUUUAAAACGUCUGAAUUUAACCUUAUUUCUUUUUUAUCUACCUGGUCUGUAUGGGACCACCAUGGUUUUACACCUCACCCUACCUUGGGUAAGAAGAAAACAUUUUAAAGAAUUAUAGAAGCAAAAUCACAUGUAAAAGUCUCUGCACAGUGAUCAGUUUAUUGUUAGGCUUUCCUUCAUAAGUUCAGGACUUACUAUCCUAAUCCAAGUUCACCAUUCCAUUUUUGUUGAGGAUUGUUCAAAAUCAUUUGGAGAUAAUCAAGCUCAGACAGGUUAGGAUAGCUGGGAAGAACAUAGAGGGUGGUAAGAAGGAAGCAGGAGUGCGCACUAAAUGUGUUGUUUCUAGUUAGCUGUUUGCUGUCUUUUCCAUUUGACCUGGGCACGGCCCCAUCCUCAUUUUAGGCCUCAGUGAUUUAUGAUAGCAUUUCCUUCUGUCUCCUCUCAGUCCCUCUCUCUUCCACCUUCCUUCCUUCCUUUACUAUAUGAACAGCAAGUUCUUAAUGGGUCGGGGCUGUGUCUUAAACUGUACAUAGUACAUGGUGCUUUGCACAUAGUAGAUAUUCAGUUACAUUUUGAAUUGAACUGAUUAUAUGAAAAACAUGCCCUUUGAAAGACUAAGUUAUAGUUAAAAACCAAGGUUUUUGUAGGAACAAAAGAAACUAUUUUCUUCAGUUGGAAAAAUCAUCGAUAUUUGGAAUUGGGAUACUCUUGGUAGUUUUUUUGUUCUGAUUUUAACACAAAGAACUUGUGAAGUAAAAUUUGGGAAGGUUUGCUUUUUGUUUUGUUUUGUUUUUAGCUUAAUUUUCAGAACUUGAAGAGAGAGAACAACAACAAAAAACUCUGUGCUAGCCAGCUGCAAUGGCACAUGCCUGUAGUCCCUACUUGGGAGGCUGAGGCAGGAGGAUCACUUGAGCCCAGGAGUUCAAGGCUGCAGUGAGCUAUCUGUGCCACUGCACUCCAGCCUGGGCAAAAGAGGAGACCUCAUCUUAAGAAAAAUCCACCAAAAACCCUGUGUAUUCAAGUGCAAACUGAUGAUGGAGGAAUGGGUAAAUUCUAGGGGUCUAUAUUUCCAAAAGGACAUGUAUUCAUAUGCAGUAAUACUUGUUUUUGAAGAACGCAUCUGAAAGUGUUAAAAGUGGCUGUUGCUGAGAAAGGGGACUGAGGAACUCAGCGUGUCUGUGUCAUUCUGUUUGAAUAUCUGUCUGGGGUAUAGAAACUAGGAGGGAGACUUGUACUUCUCACAUUUUAAACUUCCUGUGAAUUUUGAAUUUUCCAAGCAA